UCGACCCAACGACUGCUAAGUUUGAAACAGAACCCAACAGACAACAGAUCAAUGGAACUCAACAGAUCCAUUGACCCAACGGUUGCUGGGUUCGAAACGGAACCCAGUGCCUGCUGGGUUCAAAUCAAACCCAGCACCUGCAGGAACCCAGCUUGAACACAGUGCCUGCUGGGUGUCUUACUAUUUGCCAAUUUAGGAUCUGUUGUAGCAUUUUCAUGUUCUGGAGCUAGUACUUAGUUAAGAACUAAAGAGUGAGGGAUUUUUCUUGAUCCAGUGUGGGAGUUCUUUGGGUCCUAUCGUGUUAGCCAUUCCUAUGUUAAAGAAUUGUUAGAACUAGUCGCAGACAAAUCUUUGUCUCAAUUUGGUGUUUAUGGAAUAUGGAAAGAUACCAUUCAUCACAUUGGAAGUAUUAGAUUUGAAUUUCUCUAAAACUUUGUAGGGGAGUUUUGAAUGCAUACAAUUUAUGAUGAGUUCAGCUCACCACAUUUGAGUAGAGUUUUGCUCUCUACAUGUGGAUAAAGUGGUUUGCAUGUG